AUGGAUGAUGAGCAGUUUCUAAUGGAUAUGAUUGCAUCCGGUAGCGCCGCGGCGGCUGGUCAUGCCAACGACACCGGUGAUGGCGCCAAUACCGACAUAUACCUCAAUAUGUCCGGUGGCGAUGAAAUUGAUCAACCAACAGCUGAUGCUGAUGACCAGGAAACAAACGACAGAUACUUCAUCGGUCUGGAUAUCUUCGUCUCCCGGUUGUCCUGCAUAUUAUUUGCCAUUGUGAGUGUACUCUUCGAUUGCUCUGCCCCCUCCCCUUCCCUUCCUGUUGUUACUCUCACCCUUCUCUGGAUCUACGGUGGCGGUAAAGCUACUUUCUGGUCAGAUUACUAUGGGGGCGACCAAGAACCACUGAAGCAGCUGCGUAGUGUUCCGGCUCCUCCAUUUGUGAGGUCAGGUUGGUUGUCCAACGAAACCUAUCUCCAGAAUACUACACUUUCCUCUGCGCUACUUCAGAAGGAAAGAGCUCCAACUUUAUAUAAGAAAGGAAAAAAAAAAGAAGUGGAAUGCUAUAGCAGGGAAGGAAACAGGUGGAUGACAUGCCCACGCUUGAAACAUGUGAAAGGGAGCCUUGCUAUGACUAUGUUGAAUGAUAAAAUAUUUGCAAUUGGUGAAGGAGUUGGAUCUGCAGUUUUUUCAGAAGAUGAGAUGUUUGAUCCAACACUUGGGAGAUGGAUGGACAGUCUGUCCAUGCAGCAAAAUGCCGUCCGAAGAGCACCGGCCGAUGCCCCUAACGACGCUGAGAAGGUUUUGGUCAUCGCCAUCCUCGCCACCGAGAAGAGUCCUGGACGUCGCCAUCCUCGCCACCGGCGGACAGGCUGUCCGACAAGCACCGGCCGGCGCCCCUAAUGACGCUAAGAAGGUUCUGGUCAUCGCCAUCCUAGCCACCGAGAAGGGGCACCUUGCUAGCAAGGAAUUUCACCGCCCAUAAAAAAUUUGU